CCAUAAUUACCUUGAAUUUAGUCGACUGAGUUUGAGUUGGAAUCUCACAACCUUACCCCACCAAAAAUCCCAGCCCACUAUCUUAACUGUGAAGCAAAACUCAAUCAUGGGGCAUCAGUCAUCAUGCAUGUUCAAGUUCUACAUAUAUAUAAAAGAAGAUGCAGCAAAAAUUCUCUACAAUAAUACCCUCCACCUCUCAGAAAUCUUGCUAACCCUAGUUCAAGAAAGUACUGCCAUGACGGAUCAAUAACCAGAAAAGGGCUAGCUGAAAACAAACAAACAGGCUGCUUGUUUAGGAUAAUAGUGAUCUUGAUCCUGGCGGCGCCGGCGCACAGCAGGUGCACCUCCCUAGUGUGCUCAUGCUAUGUGGCAUCAAGAAACUCUGAUAGCAGAGAAGAAGAGAUCAGUAGAAGGUUUAGAAGCAUUAACGACGAUCGUCGGAAGAGGGUUACUGGUUCAGGAAAUAGAGAUGGAGGAAUGCUGUUCAUGGAAAGUCAUGAAUCAAGAGGUGUUGAUAGGAGUAGUAAGAGCAGAAAGCAGGUUGAAUCCGCAGCUCAUCAUCAUGCUCCUCUCAAGAGUAAUCUCAAGAAAACUGCAUCGACGAAAGAGAUAAAUGGUAAGUUGAGUUCAGGGAUGAGGAAAGUUAGCUGGUCUGAUGCACAUGGGAAAGACAUUGCUCAUGUUCAAGAAUUUGAACCAAGUGAAGAAGGGGAGUUAGGAGCUGUAGGGAACUCUUGUAGAUGUGCUAUUCAAUGAUGAAGGUACGAAAUCUAAGGUUUAAAUUUCAGACCCUUUGUUCUUAUUACAUUCAGUUUCAAACUUUGAUGGAGGUGUAAAUCAUGGGAUUUCCAUUUGAAAAUUCAGAUUCUAACAUUUGACAAAUUGAUGUUUUCAGAAUGAAAGAAUGAGGAGGAAAGUUUCAUACUUAGUUUGACAAUUACAGUUUGUAUCAACCAUGAAUCACCAAAAACUAUUAGCUUCUAAGUAAUAUAUUCCCAAGAUGACCAAAUUUCCACAGUUAACAACUUUCUUUUUUAUCGGUUGUCAAAUAAACAAAAGAAGCAUUGGAUCAAGAUUCAUUCAACCUACUCUAUAUAUAUU